AUCUAUCUAUCUAUCUAUCUAUCUAUCUAUCUAUCUAUCUGUCUGUCUGUCUGUCUGUCUAUCUCUUAUGCCUGUAUAUUAUUUAUUUAUUUAAUUUUAAGCUACUUUCAUAUUAUAAUAUUUAAAGAACCUUGAAGAAGACAUAUUUCCGCCUUUUUUAAUUAUUUUUUUUUCUCGAAGUUCAUUUGUAGUUGGCGCCACUAAUCUGUCCCAGCCACUAUAUGCAGCAUAUGGCCCGUGAGAUCCGCCUCUCUUCCCAUCAACCUGCGGCUCAUCCUGCUUUUCCAUUGGCCUUUUAUUCCAGUGACAGGCUGCUAUUCCUGAACACGCUUUAAUCGCAUCUAUUCCGUGUAUCCCUCGAUACGAUCGGAACCGACAGAGUUAAUUUCGCUGUUUUCCACCCGCAGACGUGUAUUUGCCUCGGAAUUAGACUGUGGUUUAUUGGUAGACCGUCGCUUGCGCUCUAAUUCAAUCAGCAGACAUCGAGCAGGAGGUGGGGCCACCGAAGAGAACAGCGCGCGCACCACAUCAUUAUUUUCCUGUAAGUGCAUCCUAGAAACAUGAGCGAUUCAGAGAAACAAACUGUCUCCCUCAAAGACAAGGAUGGAGUGGAGAAAAGGGGACGAGGAAGACCAAGGAAGCAUCCACAGGUAUAUAAAGAAUCAAGUGGGUCUCCAACUGCAAAAAGACCAAGAGGACGGCCAAAAGGCAGCAAAAACAAAGGCCCAUCCAAGAGAAAAUCAUCGGCUUCUGGCACCAAACCGAGGGGAAAGCCUAAGAAAGAGGAAAAGGAAAAACCUCAUGACUCAUCUGAGGAUGCUGAAGAGGAUGACGAGGAGGAGCAGUAACAAUCUAACCGGAGCACUACCUCAUACUCAACCAAACAAGCCGACUGGUCUCCAACCUGGAAUGUCAAUCAAUUCUUUCUACAACCACAAAAGGACAGUAAUAGAUGUAAUAUUCUGCAUUAAUAUUACAUAUGUCAUUAGAUCAAAUAUACUGUAGACCAGAAUCACACUGCAUACAAAUAUGUCAUGUGUUUCCAGCUAUUUUUACUAUAUAUAUAUAUAUAUAUAUAUUAUUGAACUGAGGUGCUUUUCUACGUAAGCUUUGUUUGUAGAUUUGUUUAGUAACGUUUGUGUCCAAGUUGUAGACUAGAUUUAGAUCAAACUAUAAUUUAACUGUGUAACAUCAUGUGCUUGAUAGUUCUCAUAGAUGCAUUCAUUCUGAAUGUAGCCGUUUACAGCUUACCUAGCUUUUUGUUAGUGUAUAUUCCAGUGAACAUUUGUUUCAAGGCUGGUUCUUAUAUUUUGUAAUCAAAUAUGAGUUACCCAGGCCAGGUGUUGAGGAAGCACAUUAUUUUAGCUUAUAAUGUGAUGUUUUCCACUAGAAUCCCCAGGAAUCAGCAUUGAGGAUAAUAACAAAGGUUUGUAUUUGGAUGUAUAUUUCUGCAUUUGUCUGUAUUUAUUUGUCACUAUAGAAGUUUAUGGAAGCAUUGGUCAAUUUAAGAAGCCAUCACUGACACCGAUCUUGCGAGUACAAA